GUUAAUUCCAGCAAUUGCUUUACUUAUCCCCUUUUAAAAGUACAGUAUGGAGAACAAUUAUAUUUAAAGAAAAGAAAGAUUGAAGAAAUAUCAGAAUUAACCAGCUGUAGAGUUGACAUGUAUACUCACAAACUUGUAAAAGUGUUUAUGUAUUGCUGCUGAAUAAGGAGGGGCUGGCCUAGUCUAAAACAAUAGACGUGUUAUACAGAAUUCUUUUUAUCCCUAACGUCUAAACAGAUUCCUGUUACCAUGGCUCGUGAAACAUUUAUUGUAAUAAUGACUGUAUUAUUUGCUUGCUGCUGCUGCUGCAGAGGAUGGAGCAAGAGUACCACGUAUGAUCAUUUCACCUUUUCCCAGUCCUGGCCCCCAGGCGUGUGUGCCGAUGGCAACAGGCUUCACCAUACCUGCCACGUAGACAAACUGGUCAACUCAUGGACCAUCCAUGGACUUUGGCCAACUGAUGGAACAUCACACGGGCCUUGUAAAUGUAACAGUUCCAUGAAGUUUGACUUCAGCAAGAUUGCAAGUAUUAAGGAGCAGUUGAUGCAGUAUUGGCCAAACCUCUACAACGACACUAAGCUAGAAAGUUUCUGGGAGCAUGAGUGGGACAAACAUGGCACAUGCGCACAGGACCUGCCCGCUCUUAAGGGGGAGCACAACUACUUUCAGAAGGCGCUCGAGCUCAACCAGAAGUACAACAUUUAUGAGAUACUGAGUGGCAGUGAUAUAGUUCCGAGUUCUACUAUCAAAUACAGUUACAAGAACUUCACAGAUGCAGUGAAAUCAUCAACAGGAUUCACACCUGUCCUAGUGUGCUCAUACAUCAAAUGGAAAAAUGGCUCCAGUAUGCAUCUGAUCGAUCAAGUUGAGAUAUGUCUGAGCAAGGUGGACUUUUCUCCAAUAGAGUGUCCUAGCAGUGGUCCAGUUAAAACAAAGGGAGACAAUGACUGGACCAAAACAGGGGAUGCAGCUCUGGAAAUAGAGUCUGUAGCGCAGUCUAAUUGCCCGUAUAAAUACAGCUUCAAUUAUCCACCAAUUCAACAUUUUCUAGACUUGAAAAAAGACCUGAAUGUUUAAAAUUGUAUUUUUUGAAAUGAUGUUUGGAUCACAAUGUUUAACAGUUCUGAACUGUAACAAGAAGAAAUGGGUUAUAAAGUAAAUAUGACGUGCACAACCAAUAUGAUGUCUUAGUUUCUUGUUACUGAAAAUAGAACUGUGUUUCCAACAACUUGAUGUGUAUAAAUGAUCAUGGAUACUUUAAAGGUAAUUUACAGUUCUUUUUAUGAAAAGCAUUUUAUGAUAUGAUGCCAAAAACUAAUAAUUGAAAAAUAUACUAUAGGACUCAUUUCUGGUUGUUAUGGUUCAAUAAGUAAACUACAGAACCCAUUUCUGCAUCUUACCGUUCAAUUACCCUAUAGGACCCAUUUCUGCUUGUUACAGCUCAAAUACACUAGGACCCAUUUCUGCUUGUUACAGUUCAAAUACACUAUGAGACCCAUUUCUGCUUGUUACAGUUCAAAUUCACUAUGAGACCCAUUUCUGCUUGUUACAGUUCAAAUACACUUAACUCAUUUCUGCUUGUAACUGUUCAAAUCCACUGUAGGACCCAUUUCUGCUUGUAACUGUUCUAAUCCACUGUAGGACCCAUUUCUGCUUGUUACAGUUCAAAUUCACUGUAGGACCCAUUUCUGCUUGUAACUGUUCUAAUCCACUGUAGGACCCAUUUCUGCUUGUAACUGUUCUAAUCCACUGUAGGACCCAUUUCUGCUUGUUACAGUUCAAAUCCACUGUAGGACCCAUUUCUGCUUGUAACUGUUCUAAUCCACUGUAGGACCCAUUUCUGCUUGUAACUGUUCUAAUCCACUGUAGGACCCAUUUCUGCUUGUUACAGUUCAAAUCCACUGUAGGACCCAUUUCUGCUUGUAACUGUUCUAAUCCACUGUAGGACCCAUUUCUGCUUGUUACAGUUCAAAUCCACUGUAGGACCCAUUUCUGCUUGUUACAGUUCAAAUCCACUGUAGGACCCAUUUCUGCUUGUAACUGUUCUAAUCCACUGUAGGACCCAUUUCUGCUUGUAACUGUUCUAAUCCACUGUAGGACCCAUUUCUGCUUGUUACAGUUCAAAUCCACUGUAGGACCCAUUUCUGCUUGUUACAGUUCAAAUCCACUGUAGGACCCAUUUCUGCUUGUUACAGUUCAAAUCCACUGUAGGACCCAUUUCUGCUUGUAACUGUUCUAAUCCACUGUAGGACCCAUUUCUGCUUGUAACAGUUCAAAUCCACUGUAGGACCCAUUUCUGCUUGUUACAGUUCAAAUCCACUGUAGGACCCGUUUCUGCUUGUAACUGUUCUAAUCCACUGUAGGACCCAUUUCUGCUUGUUACAGUUCAAAUCCACUGUAGGACCCAUUUUUGCUUGUUACAGUUCAAAUCCACUGUAGGACCCAUUUCUGCUUGUAACUGUUCUUAUCCACUGUAGGACCCAUUUCUGCUUGUAACUGUUCUAAUCCACUGUAGGACCCAUUUCUGCUUGUUACAGUUCAAAUCCACUGUAGGACCCAUUUCUGCUUGUAACUGUUCUAAUACACUGUAGGACCCAUUUCUGCUUGUUACAGUUCAAAUCCACUGUAGGACCCAUUUCUGCUUGUAACUGUUCUAAUACACUGUAGGACCCAUUUCUGCUUGUAACUGUUCUAAUACACUGUAGGACCCAUUUCUGCUUGUAACUGUUCUAAUACACUGUAGGACCCAUUUCUGCUUGUUACUGUUCUAAUACACUGUAGGACCCAUUUCUGCUUGUUACAGUUCUAAUCCACUGUAGGACCCAUUUCUGCUUGUUACAGUUCAAAUCCACUGUAGGACCCAUUUCUGCUUGUAACUGUUCUAAUACACUGUAGGACCCAUUUCUGCUUGUAACUGUUCUAAUACACUAGGGAGUUUGAGCCAUCAGGGUUCAACUGUAUUUUUAUUAUCUCAUGAUAGUAACACUGUCUUUUAUUCUAUGUAGCAUUGAUGUACAAAUACAACAGCCAAUAACAUCAGACUUGGUCAUGUAUAAAAUUAAAUAUAAAGUUUCUCAGUGUUUUAUGGUAAAUUUAAUCAUAAAAGUAAAAUCAAAGAUGUUUUGGAUUAUGAACUUUGCAUGUAUUGGGUCAUUGGACAGGGCUGGCCAACUACCAGGAAACUAUUAAUUUGUGUGUGUUUUUUUCUUUUUUAUCCAUAUAGUUUGAAAUGAGAAAUUGUUUGGUUUAUUAUAAAAAUUGUUUUGUAACUGUAAUUGUUUUGCCUAUAAAUGUAUCAACAUCAUAUAAUCAUAAUCAUAAACUUGAACCAAUUGCUGUACUUCGAUAAAAGAUGUCAUUAUACUUCAAGUGCUUAUAUUAAAAAUAUAGAUGCAUAAUUAUUUCUAUGCUCAUCAGUUGUAGAUACAAUUGAACUUCUAAUUAUAAUUUGUGUUAAUUAAACCUCAAAUGAGUUACAGUAAGUUUCUUUGCUUUCAAUAAAUAGCUUAUAUAUUAGA